AUGAAUAUCUUCAGUCAGCCGGAUUAUUACCCGUCUCCAUCAUCAAAUGUCAUUACAUAUUCACACCAAUCAAGAAGUAGUACGCUGAUAGAUGAAAAAAAUUCAUCUACAAGACGUAAACGUUUGUUGAAUUCAGAUAUUUAUGCUUUAAUUGUAUAUCUUUCAUCACCAAUUGAUCCGGUGGAUUAUUCCGCAUUUUCUGAUUUCUUCUUAAUUUAUAGGAAUUUCAUUACACCAUUGAAAUUACAUGAAUUAUUAAUCUCUAGAUUUAAAUGGUCAUAUAUUGAAACAAUAUCUCAAGAUAAUACACAAACUAAAAUUGGUGAAAUUUCAUUAGUUAGAACGUUUGUCCUAAUAAGGCAUUCUUUAUUAAACAAUUUUUUACAAGAUUUUAUUAAUAACAAACCUUUAAGAUUAUUAGUUCUUCAAUUUUUAAAUGAUGAUUUUACUGCAUUACCAAAAAUUGUUCAACAAUCUAUUAUAAAUUUGAAAAAAAUUUGGAUUAUGAAAUCGAAACAAUCGUGGGACAAUAUAAUAUUCGAUGGCCCUGCCAAUGGAGAUUGGUUACUAUUUCAAUUGAAAGACGUUUUACAAUUGGCUAAAGAACAAAAAAGAUCAAGUAGAUUAAGCUUUAUGGCUAUUAAAGGUUCAUCAAGUCCAGAAUUCCGGAAUGAAAGUGUAUUAUCAUUAUAUAAGACAGAUCCAAUAAAUACAGAUUAUACGAAUAAUAAUAAUAAUUACAGUAAAGAGAAUAAAAUUGAUAAUACUGAAACGAAAAGAACAGGUUCAUUAUUGUUAUAUCCUAAUGAUAAUUCUAAUAUUCAAACAAUAAAUAUUAUACCGACAAUGAAAAAUGAACCUGAUUUAAAGAAAGAAAAACAUAUGACUUUAGUUCAAAGAAUGUCAAAAGUGAUUAAAGAUGUCGAUUAUCCCAAAUCUCCAGAGAUCAAUAGAAUUAUACCGCCAACGCCUGCUAAAAAAGUAGAAUUUAUCUUGAAUUCCUUAUAUGUUCCUGAGUCUAAAAAUUUGGAAAUAAAUAAACCUAAACACUCGAUUCAAAGAUCAUCUUCACUUUCACGAAAUUUAUCUCGUACUUCCACAAUAUUUUAUAAAGGUGCUUUAUCACUUUUGGCUAAAUGGAAGCAUAAUCAUUCAAAUCAAGACUCUGAAAUGUAUGAGAAACCUGAAAUGGAUACUUUUGUAAAAUACGUGAUAUCAAUUACUUCAUUAGAUCACGAAAACUCUAAUGAUGAAGAAUUUAAAAAUAUUAAUGGAUUUGCCAAAUUCGAUAUUUUAAGUGCAAGAACAAUCGAUGAAGUAGAAUAUUUGGUUUCUUUAGAGAAUAAAAUGAUUCAAGAAGUGAAAGAGCUACAUUGUAAUGACAACGACUAUGAUAUCAUGACCCACAUGACCAAUCAAAAUGUACGCAAACAAAAUAUUGAAUUUAGCGCUCUAGAUAAUCUCGAUUUAUAUCAAACAGUAAACACCAUUGCGAAAUCUGUCAUAUCUUUAUCAAACACUUUACAAAAAUCUAAUGAUAGCCAUUUAAUGAGAGGUUCAAGUAAUAAGAAUAGCAAUAACACUGAGGCUUUCCCAUAUUUAUCACCUUCGUUCGAUAGAAGAAAAAUUAAGAGUACUACAGCAGCAAUCCUUAAUACUAGUAACAGUGGUCUUGUUAAUCCAAAUUUCGAUCAGGAUAGUGUUACUGGUCCACAGAGAUUAAUUUUCCUCGAUGGAGAUGGUACCACUGCUCAUGGGGUUAGUAAUGAUCAGCAACCGAAUGGUUCACCUUUAAAACAUUUACUUCCAAAUGGAACUGAAAGCUCUGAUCCAGUAGACUACUAUCGGGUUGAAUCACGUAUAUCCUCUGUAACAUAUGAUUCCGAACUAUCAGCAACAUCACCAGGGUUAAGCAAUGCAUUAUCUGAGAGAUCAGAAGAAAGUACACCAGGCCUCGUAAGGGAAUUGGUACCGCAAAUGAGUAAAGGUUUAUCCAAGAAAGAAAGUGUCGAUAAUUUGAGAGAAUUUACCUUUGAAGAUGAGGAUGAAAAAGAGAACUCUGAAAGCAGUGAUCAACUUAAUGAUGAUAUGAUUUCCGUUUCGUUGUCCCAGAAUGGAGACACGGACAGCUUGCUCGAGGAUACCGAUGAAGUAAAACCAUUACACUCAAUAGAAAUUGAAAACAAUAAUUCUGAUUUCAUUUCCCCCUUACCUUCCACAAAGAAAAUGGCCAUGAGACCAGCUAGUGGAAGAAUUAGUAUAAUGAAAAGAAGAACAGUACAUACUCCACUCUCAGAUGGAAUCUCAAGUAUUAAAUCUCCGAUGAGAAAGUCUUUAUCGUUAUUAAAAGAUAACGAUUUUUUGCAAAAAGAUAACGCAUUAUUUGAAAAUGAAUUAAAACUGACAAAAUUGGAAGAAGUCAUAAACAGAAAUUCCUAUACACCUAGUGUUUCAACAAGUAGAUUAUUUAACUCUGUCCAUAACAGCCCAAAGAAAAUAAAGAUCGAUGAAGGUGGUAGGAUCAGGUUAUCGAUAGCUCCAAGUAUGAAUUCUAUCCAGAGUGAAGGCUCAUUCUCAAGCAGUAUGUCUAUAUCGACACAGAGUCCAUUACGUCAUAAAGUGCUAAAUAACUUGAGAGAAGAAUUUCAAAAUGAUAAAGUGCAUCGAAGCUCAUUAGCUGAAUCUAAUAAUGGUAACAAAUACUUCUUUUCCCCUGAUAAUGACAGUAUAAAUGCUGCAUCCCCAGAAAAGGAUAUGGAAGAACUAAAGAAUAAGUUCUUACAGUCAAGUUCGAAUAGUCCAUCCAAGACUGAAAUAAGCUCGGCUAGAGAUGUAACAACAGAAACUGAUAUAGCUGUAAUGCAAGCAAAUAUGAAAAAGGACUUAAAUCCUACAAAUUUAAAGGAUAUUGCUGACAUGCCGGAUGAUUCUAUUCACGAUGAUCCAGUUAACGUUGCCAUGUUGAAGUUAGAAGGGAAAUAUAGUAAAGAGGAAACGCAACUAAAAAUGCAGAGCUCCCCUAAUGUAUCUACGGUAAGUAAAGAAGUCGGACUUUUAAAUUUGGAACAAAUUGUCUCCAUGCCAAGAACUCCAGGUGAAAAACGUAGAUCGUUAUUAAUUGAAAGAAGAAGAAAGACAAUAAUGACUAUACCAUUUACUCCAGAACCUCAGGACGUUCAAACUAUUGAUUCUCGUGAUGUCCUAGGCGAGUCAGAAAUGACGAAACUGCAGAAUUUAAUGAAAUCCUAUUCUAUUGAAGAUCCAAACUUAGAGAUAACCAAUAGCCAACACCAUAUUCCUUUUAUUUUGAUGUAUGACUCCAAGUCUGUCGCUGAACAGUUAACUUUAAUUGAAAAAGAACUACUAAAAGAAAUUGAUUGGAAAGACCUAUUAGAUUUGAAUAUAGAAUAUGGUGGUCCAAUGGUAACGAGUUGGUUACAAUUAUUAAUAGAGAAUGAAUCGUUAUCUGGGAUUGAUUUGAUGGUUGCACGUUUUAAUUUAACAGUAACUUGGAUUGUAUCUGAAAUAUCACUAACUCAAGAUAUUAAGAUGAGAAGAAAUACUAUCCAGAGAUUCAUUCAUGUUGCAGAGCACUGCAGAAAAUUCCAAAACUACAACACUUUAAUGGCAAUUGUCCUUGCAUUGAAUUCUACCACUGUGCAGAAGAUGAUCGAUGCAUGGAGAUUAAUUGAACCUGGAGAUUUACUAACCUGGGAAGAAUUAAAGAAGAUCUGCAAUCUAGAUGGUAACUACAAUGCCAUUAGACAUCUUUUAAGUGAAAUCGAUCCAUUGGCUGGAUGUAUCCCAUUUGUGGCUAUUUAUCUAUCUGAUUUAGCUAUAAAUUCCGAGAAGAAAAGUUGGAUAAAAGAAAAUAAAAUUAUUAAUUACAAUAAGUUUGACAUGAACGUCCAAAUUGUGAAACACUUUAUACAAUUAUCACAAUGGUCGAAAUUCUAUAAAGUUAAGCCAGAUCAUGAACUAUUAAGCAAAUGUGUAUACAUUUCGGCACUAACGGAUGACGAGAUCGAACGUUUAAACAACGGUCUAAAUCUCUAG